CUCAAUUGAAUACGUCAAAUAGAAAACAUUCAAAAUUUAUGAUGUCUAAUGAUGUCUAUACAGAUAGUAGGGACAAUUUUAAAUUUAACCAGGGCGAGUAGAAAGAAUAUUCCCCAGUUUUUCAGGAACUUCUCCAAAAAGAAUGAUUAUGAAGACCCUUACCAAUACGUGAAACGCAAACGAGUAUCGAGAAAUGGAGAGGGUUUAGUUUGGAAGGAUCCAAAUUUCGAGCUAUUAGCCUCGACUUCUUCGGUCGACUUCCCAUUUUAUCUUCCUGGAAAUGUAGGCUUGGCAUGGUUUGAUAAAAAAACUACCCUACGAACCCCUCAUCAUAAAUUUGUGAUGAAACAGGUGAAUGGAAAAGACUUGACUGAUGAUAUUACAUGCAGUAUCCAGGAGUGUCCUAAAGUACUCAGACAAACCGUUUAUGAUCUUUUUCCUUCACGUAACUUUGAAACGUCAGAAUUGUCUGUAGUUACGAUUUCUUUAAAGCCGAACCAUAAGCUCAUGAGACAGAACAAAGAGGAGGAAACUGAAAAAUUAGCUCAAACGUUCAUCAUUGCAGCGAAAACAAUUUGUGAUAAGAUACGUAAAGCAGGAUACUGGGCUGAUUUCAUUAACCCUUUCUCAGGUUUGCCUUAUUUAUCCAGAGAUAGAAUAAAUAAUGCUAAACUGUAUGAAUCUAAUGAGAAAUUCAGGUGCUUGGAUUUUCAAAUUUUUGAAAUCGAGCACUGCAAAAUAAUCUCAAAUGAGCUGGAGGGGAAUGGAAAACGAUUUAUAGGCAGUCUGUUCACUACUGCUCCAUGCAUAGAAGAAAAUAUAGUUUCUAUUUUUGUCUGAUAGGUAUUUCAUUUGGUUGUUGAUUGUGUGAAGUACCCAGAAAUAAAAUUAUUUCAUA